UUUCAAGUUAGAAAAAAAUGUAUUCAGUAGAUACAAAACGUUCUACCUGGAAGCUGGACUAGUCCCAUAAUUUUUGCAAAUUUAUACGCACUUCCAGGUCUCUUCUUUUAGUCCAGUGUCAUACGAGUAUUAUACAACACAGUAUAACAGUAGAAGCGCCAACACUGCUGUGUACUAAUCAAUUUAAAGUAUAUAACUACCACAAAUCAUUGCCAAAACAAUGAGUCGACUACUUUUGCAAAAUCACGGUGCUAUGUAUCGUACAUAUACAUGUACAUAUAACGCCGCCGCGAUGUCUACCAUGGCCAUUCUGCCGCAGUCAACGCCAACGCAAAAGUUAACGCAGCGGCUGCGCCGUAGUCAGCUGGAAAAAAAAUGCCCAUCAUCAUCCCUGCCAUUCUCGACAAAAGCUUCACUGACAAUAGAUCGCAAAAUGGCUACGCAAGCAAAAUGUUUGCAAUUGGAGAACAUAAACCCCAACUUUAUUACGAUGGAAUAUGCAGUGCGUGGACCAUUGGUGAUUCGUGCUGGCGAAAUAGAAAAAGAGUUGCAAAAGGGGGUAAAGAAGCCAUUCGAUCAGGUAAUUCGAGCCAAUAUCGGCGAUUGUCAUGCCAUGGGACAGCAGCCCGUCACCUUUUUGCGCCAAUUGCUGACACUGACGUUUGAGCCAAGAUUGCUUGACUCCCCAGACUAUCCCGAUGAUGUCAAGGAACGCGCGCGUCUCAUUUUGAGCGAUUGCCAUGGGCACUCUGUUGGCUCAUACACCGACUCAGCCGGUCUGGAGGUGGUGCGUCGCCAGGUUGCUGAAUAUAUAGAACGUCGAGAUGGUGGCGUGGCCAGCGAUUGGCAGAACAUCUAUUUGACUGGCGGUGCCUCUCCAGGCAUUAAGAGCAUACUGUCGCUUAUACACUGCCAAGUGAAUGGAAAGACUCCAGGCGUUAUGGUUCCAAUACCUCAAUAUCCACUCUAUUCGGCCACCAUUGCUGAGUAUGGCAUGGUGAAGGUGGACUACUAUUUGGAUGAGGAAAGCGGCUGGAGCCUUAAUCGCGAGGAGCUGCAACGCUCCUUUGAUGAGAACAAAAAGCACUGCAAUCCACGAGCUCUAGUCGUCAUUAAUCCGGGCAAUCCCACCGGCCAAGUACUCACCCGCGACAAUAUUGUGGAGAUUAUCAAGUUUGCCCACGACAACCAAUUGCUGUUGCUCGCCGACGAGGUGUAUCAGGACAAUGUGUACGACAAAAACUCCAAGUUCUAUUCGUUCAAAAAAGUUAUGUACGAGAUGGGCGAACCUUAUCGCAAUCAAGAGCUUGUCAGCUUCUUAUCAACAUCGAAAGGUUAUCUGGGUGAGUGCGGCAUACGCGGCGGUUACAUGGAAGUGUUGAAUCUUUGUCCUCAAGUCAAAGCUAUGCUUACAAAGUCCAUAACAGCGGCUUUGUGCAGUACUACCGCCGGUCAGGUAGCUGUCAGUGCUUUGGUUAAUCCUCCAAAGCCUGGCGAGCCAUCGUAUGAGCGUUUCAUUAGUGAAAAGAACGCCACUUUGUCCGCCUUAAAAGAGCGUGCAGAACUCGUUCACAAGACAUUGAGCGGGUUUGAGGGCUACAAGGUUAAUCCUGUACAGGGUGCCAUGUACGUGUUCCCACAAAUUGAGAUUCCACCCAAGGCCAUUGCUGCAGCUAAAGCAAAAAAUAUGGCUCCGGAUGCAUUCUACGCAUUUGAAUUGUUGGAAUCAAGUGGCAUUUGCAUUGUACCUGGCAGUGGAUUUGGCCAGAGACCAGGUACAUAUCAUUUUCGAAGCACGAUCCUCCCACAAACAGACAAACUGAAGCUGAUGAUGGAGAAAUUCCGUGUAUUCCAUGCCGAGUUCAUGAAAAAAUACAAGUAAAGUAAUAUUGCCAAAGAGCAUCCUGUGUUAAAGCUUUUGAAAAAUAUUUUUGUUUCUCAGUCCAAAUAUGUAUGAAUUUAAUAGUAAUCCUUAUUACUUGUGUUAAUUAUAGUUGUGUGCGAAUUUACCGACAUACAUGCAUAUACUCUUA